AUGUUGGCAAUGAAUCGACCUGCAGCUGUGGCUCAUCUGCAUGCCCCUGUUGUUCAGAUUCCUGCUCUUCUGUCGCCCAUGCAGUGUCUGCAACCACGCCGUGCGGAAGGGCGUGUGGAGAGGCGUGCGGGCCAUGUGGAGGGGUUUGGGGAGGGGUUUCGGGAGGGGUUUGGGGAGGGCUAUGCUGAGGGGUAUGCUGAGGGGUAUGCUGAGGGGUAUGCUGAGCAGCGUGCUGGGGAGCGUGCUGAGGGGUGUGGUGGGGGGCGUGCUGAGGGGCGUGCUGAGGGGCGUGGUGGGGAGCGUGCUCAGAUGCAUGCAGAGGGGGGUGCAGAGCGGCAUGUGGAUCGGCAUGUGAAGCGGGAUGUGAAGUGGUGUGUGAAUGUGAAGGUGAAGGUGAAUGGGUAUGUGAAGGGGCAUGUGAAGGGGCAUAUAAAGGGGGAUGUGAAGGGGCAUGUGAAGCAGCAUGAGAGCAGGCAUGUGAAGGGGAAUAUGAAUCAGCGUGUGAAGGGGGAUGUGAGGGGAAAUGUGAAAGGGCAUGUAGAGGAGCAUAUGAAGGGGCAUGUGAAGGGGCAGGGACAUGUGGAGGGGCAUGUGAAGGGGCAGGGGCAUGUGGAGGGGCAUGUGAAGGGGCAGGGGCAUGUGGAGGGGCAUGUGAAGGGGCAUGUGAAGGAGCAUGUGAAGCAUCUUCCUCCUGAGUAG